AAGCGAGGCUACGAGCGCUUCGAUCUGAGGUGCGGACUCCAGUUAGCAGCCGGAGGACCCCCAGGUGCCGUUCGGUAUCAGGUGGUGAAUCUCAUUGCCCAUCCUCCUGUCUACCUACUGCCAUCCACAAGAGUCGUCAUGCCUCGGCAUCAGAAGCAUCCGCACCACUCACGUGGUAAACACCGCAAGACCUUCUAUAAGUCCUACGGUUGGGAGGUUGCACGGGUCUCCAGGGCACUGAAGGAGACCAACACAGCCUUCCAAUUUCUAAUGCCUGGUGAUUUUCCUGGUACUCCUGAGAGUUAUCAGAGUUUCUACUCAUCUGUUGCCACCACUGCCACCUUUUUGAUACAGUCAGAUGAGUUUUCCACUAGCCAAAAUGUAGGUUAUAGUCUAAACACCUCACAGGUUGUGUCAUACCCCGUGAGUAUGCCCAUAGAUCCUCUAAAUGAAGAAGUGGCUUUGUUGGUGAAUUUCUUGCUGCUCAAGUAUCAAAUGAAACAGCCAGUAACAAAAGCUGAUAUGAUGAAUGUUGCCAUCUACAAGUGUGAAGUCCAUUUCCCUGAGAUCCUCCGGAGAGCCUCUGAGUGCAUGGGAAUGCUCUUUGGCCUUGAUCUGAAGGAAGUGGAUCCCACCAACCACUGCUAUGUCCUUUUCAUUAAAUUGGGCCUCACCUAUGAUGGCAUGAUGCACGGUGAAGCAGGCGUGCCCAAGACCGGCAUCCUGAUACUUAUCCUGGGUGUGAUCUUCAUGAAGGGCAACUGUGCCACUGAAGAUGAAGUCUGGGAGGUUCUGAAUGUGACCAGGAUGUGUUCUAGAAGGAAGUACUUCUUCUUUGGGGAGCUCAAGCAACUCAUCACCGAAGAUUUCGUGAGGGAAGGAUACCUAGAGUUCCGGCAGGUGGCCAGCGAAGGUCCUGUGCAGUCUGUGUUCCUGUGGGGCCCUAGAGCUCAUGCUGAAACCACCAAGAUGAAGAUUCUGGAGUUUCUGGCCAAGGUUAAUGGGACUGACCCAAGUUAUUUCCCAUUUAAGUAUGAGGAGGCUUUGCAAGAUGAAAACGCAAAAGCUCAGGCCAGAAUUUCAGCCAAUUGUGUCUGCUACUACAAGUUCUUGUAUUGAGACUAGCAGCUGCUUCCUCAACUAGGGGAGUCAGGGAUAGUUUCUUCAUGCAUUGUUCAAAAAAGCAGUUAGUGUUUGUAGAAUUUAGGUCUGAAGUGGGACUGAAAAGAAGAUAGUAUGUAUGCCUAUGUGUCACCAUUUUGUAUAUGUAACUCAAGAAUUUUUUCUGUGUAUUAUUCACAUGUUUCUUUUAAUAUAUAUUUAAUUGCCUUCAAAAUCUUCAAGUUUAUGAAUAAUGUUGGUUAUAGACUUAAUCUUGCAAUGAGAUUUAAUAGUAAGAAUUUUAUAAAACAGAUUGUAAAACCAUCUUUGUCAUCUGGAACAAUAUAACAUGGCAUUACUAUAGGCAUUUACUGGAAAUGUGAAGGAAAUCAGUAUUAAAAUAGUUGAGUUCAAGAAACAGAGAACAUGUAAAAGAAUUUCAGUCCAUGGCCCUCAUAUCUUUUAUUAAAUUAAAUGAAAAAUGCUUGAAUUUGCUAAUGUGCUUAUGAACAUAUAAGAAGUAAAGUUCAAUCAGUUAGAUC